CAAUCUACAACAUACCUCUUUUCUCCUUCCUAUCCUCUCAUACAUAUUCAUCUACUUUGACCCGAAAAGCAAUCGCAUAUCACCCACACCACACAUCCACUCUACACAACACAACACCAUCCCACCAUGACCUCACCACCAACAACAUACACCCCGCAACCCCUCUACGGCGGCGCCAUCAAAGGCCUCAUCCCCAAGGGCUGGCUAGAUGCUAGUAACCUCCGCCAAAUCCCCGACCACCAAGAACUCUACCUCUCCCCAACAACCCUCUCAACCCUAAUCUACGAAAUCAACGAAUACGUCCCGGACACCACAAGCCAAGAAACAUUAUCCAAGCAUGGCGAAUUAUUCGCUUCCGCAACCAGCACCACAUCUCAGAACCAAGAUAGAAGAGAAACCCUCGAUAAAGCCGCCAUCCUCUACCACAUCCUGGAUAUCCAAGAAAAUGACACCGUCAGUAAAGAGACCAUUCGGUUCCGCACGCCCAUUACGAGUGUGGGUCGUCGGGAGGGGACUGGGGCUGGGAGGGUGUAUACGGGGAGGGUGGAGUUGGGGAAGGAGGGGAAGGAUGCGGUGAGAUGUGCGUUUUUGGUGGUGAGGUUGGAGGAGCAGGGGAGUGAUUUGGUGGUUUGGGGGAAUGUGCCGGUUAAGGAGUUUGAGGGGAGGGGGGAUGGGGAUGGGGAUAGGGAUGGGUUGAGAGGGGAGGAGGGGGUUGUUGGGGGGGUGGUGGAGGGGUUGCUUGGUGGUGAUGGGGAUGGGUUGGUGGUUGUGGAGUGGGAUUUGUUUGGAUAG